AUGAGGUGUGUAAAUUACCCUGCCACUGAUCAACCAUCCUGUAUUAUUUCUCCCUCACUCCAGGACCUAUCAGGAUCAUUAGAUGAUCUUCCUACAGGAUGUGACUUCAACAGCCAGUCAUCGACUUCAUCAGGAGGGGCAGCAGCAGCGACAACGACUGGUUCAGCAGCGGGUAACUCCAGCAGCCAUGCCACCGCCAACACAAGCAGCAGCUCUACCAACCACAGUGGAAGUGGGGGUUCAUCCACGUCUACCGCUCCACCCCUCUCUCCCGCCACCUCAGUGCAUUCGGUACACUCGCCCCAUGUGCAUCCUUCCGUCACGGCCCUCAGACCUUCCCCUUCACCUGUAGGAUCACCUUCUAGCCAUUUAUCACGCUCUUCUCAAUCGCCAGCUAGUGUUCAUGGUGGGUCAAUGACACCUCAGCCAUCUCAGCCUCCUUCUAACACACCGGAAGCUCCUUCACAGACACCACCAUCAGCUUCAGCAGAUAGCAGAGGAUACAAUCAGCAUGGGAUGAACUGUGGUAAUAGCAGUGGUACUGGUGGUUCGGCACAAAAGCCCCCUCCUUACAAUAGCCAGCAAGGACCUGCUUCCAAAUUGCCUUCCCAGAAUCCUUCAGGUGGGAUGGGCGGGGGCCCGCCCCAGUAUUGGGGCUACCAGGGCCAAGGUGGCGCUGGUGGCACUGCUGGUGGUUACUACAACCAAAAUAUGAGUCAUUAUAACCAGCAAGGUAACUAUGGAAGGCAGACAGGGCCACAGGGAUAUGGUGGUCAUCAUGGCAAUGUACCGAGCUCUGCACCAAACAACUCUGGCAACAUGAGCUAUGAGCAACGGAUGCGAAACAAUAGUAGUGGUAGCAGUGGUGGGGGUAGUGGUAUGAAUAUGGAAAACAACUCUCAACAUAGUGGAUACAACUCAAGCAACAUGCCCAAUGCUAGCCAUGGGAUGGGAGCUAACAACCAAUCUGGACCUAACAACAUGAGCCCAAAUGUAGCACGUGGUGGACCAGGCAUGAGCCCAACGUACGGAUAUGGACCAAAUGCUCAAGGGCAGAUACAUAGGACAGAUAACAUGGGCUCCGGCCCUUCUCCUGGACUUUCCCCCGGUCCGUCUCCAGGACCUGGUGGGGUGGGGGUCGGUGGAGGAGCUCAGGCAGCAGCUGCAGCUGCUGUUGCUGCCGCCGCAGCAAGCUCUGCCCACCUCAGCAAGAGGAACCAGUACCCUUUGAACCAGCAGAUGCAAGGACAGCAACCGCCUCCACCACUCCCCAACCAGCAGCAGGGUUCAUUUCCCCAAUCCUUUCCCCAGCAGCAGCAGCAGCAGCAGCAGCAGCAGCAGUGGAACCAGCAGUCCUUUAGGCAACAUCAACAGUACAGCCAGGGCAAUGGUCCCCCGUUUUCUGGCGGUGUGCCACCGACAAGUGCAGACCAAACAAACUUUAACCAAAUGCCUUCUUCAGUGCCCAAUGAUGCUAUGCAUGGAUACAUGCAUCCUAGUUCUGGUAACCAGAUGCCACCUCAUACAGCUGCAACUACAAUAGCCAACACUAAUUCUGGAAGCAACAGUACGUCAGUAACCCAGAGUAUCACAACUCCAGUAGCAUCCUCUGUCAGCUCACUCACACCAAGCACGGCCAGCGAAUCGAGUAGAGAUGCCGGCACUCCUGGAACACCUCAUUCGAUUAUCAAGGAGGAAAAUGUAUUGUCCAGACCACCAUCAGUUCAUUCCAGACCGUCACCUUUAGCUUCACCUGGGGCGAUGAGUAAAUCCUCCCAGGAAGACAUGGCUAAUACCCCUAGCCCUGGGAUGGGUAUGCAACAGGCAUCAGGACCAGGACAUCCACCACAGCCACACCAACCUCCCCCUCCCUACCCUGGUAUGUACCACCAACAACAUCAGUCCCUUCCCCACCCCCAGCAUCACCCGCCACAACAUAUGCAGCAGCAACAUCAUCCACAUCAACAGCAGCAUCAUCCUGGCCAACAGCCACCAACACCACAACAUCCUGGCCAACAGCCACCAACACCACAACAACCUGGCCAACAGCCACCAACACCACAACAUCCUGGCCAACAGCCACCAACACCACAACAUCCUGGCCAGCAUCCACCUCCGCAACAUCCUGGGCAGCAGCCGCCAUACUCACAACAACCACCAACUCCGCAACAGCAACAAGGAGCUGCUGCUCCAGUCACUCCACAACCAGCACCUACCCCCAAAACAACGGCAUCUUCAACAACGACAACCACCACUUCGAAGUCGAAGAAGGGGCAAUCGCAGGAGCCUGCUAGUAAACUUACCAGUCUGAACUUGCCUAAAAAGUUGUACAAGCUGUACGAGUUGUGCCCUCACCCGGAGAGACGCGCUUUUCUGGAUCGUCUCUUCAAGCUAAUGGAGGAUAGGGGCCAGCCCAUCCGCACCAUGCCACAGAUCAGCAGUCACGUCCUGGAUCUCUUCAAGCUCUACAACACUGUCAAAGAUAGGGGUGGUGUUAUCAAGGUGUCGAAGAGCAAGCAAUGGAAGCAGAUUGCAAUUGAAAUCUCUGUAGGCAACUCCAACAGUGCGGCCUUUACGUUGAAGAAGAACUACAUCCGUCACUUGCUGGCGUACGAGUGCCUCUUUGAUAGGGGUGGUAUAGACCCACAGCAGAUCCUAGCAGAGAUUGACACUACCUCCACAAAGAAGUCAAAAGACUCUUCAUCAGCAGCGGCAGCAGCAGCAGCAGCAAUGAAUCAUCACCCCAAUCCUAGUGAUCCCUACUCACAGUUUGGUCCUCAGGGAGGCAAGCCAGGCUUUCCACCCAUGCCCAACCAGAUGCAUGGCUAUGGCCCGCCCUCCAUGUACGGAAACAACAUGGGGCCCAUGGGUCCACAUAUGGCUCCACGUCCGAACAUGCCCAACAGCAACGUCCCUGGUAACAUGCAUCCUGGAGGCCCAGGCGGGGACAUGACAGCUAACAGCGUGAUGGUGUGUGACCCUUUUUCAGAUAUGGACUAUCAGCAUGGUGGUCAGCAGCAGCAACAGCAACAAGGACCUUACCCGGGACAAAAUGCAAUGAAUGGUUCUUUCCCGCCCAACAGCCAUGCUGCCAUGAACCACCAGUUUAAUAGGAACAAUAUGGGAGGAGGGCCACCCAGUGGUCCGGGGGCGUCAGGUGGAGGAAACAAUAUGCCCUUUGGAGGACCCCCAGGGCCUGGAGAGUCUGAUCCGUAUUCCAUGCCAAACAGGAACAUGCCUUGCAACGACCCAUACGCAAUGAACAGCUACACGAGAAGGGGUAACGUGGAUCCCUACAGCGGCGGAGGUGGUGGUGGUGGUGGUGGAGGAGGAGCAGGUGCUGGCCAGGGAUCUGGUCCGAUGAACCAGGCCAAUGCUGGGCAGUAUGCUGGAGGAAACCACCCACCUGGUGCUCCAAACUUUGAUCAAAACAGGUACAGUGCAUCACCUACAACGCACAUGACACCAAGUCCUAAUCAAGGACCACCAUCAUCGGGUCAGAUGCCUCCAUUCUCCAGUUCCUCCACACCAGACCCACAGCAGCAGCCUCCAUUUACUUCCCGCUUUGGCUCCAGCUCCAGGCCUACCACACCCAGUGACUCUCAUACCUCGGCUUCCUCAUCCCCAUUCCUUCCCCCGCCAUAUUCUGCAGCUGGGCCUUCACCGGCUAAGCAGUCGCAAGGUCAGCAGCCACCUGCAAUGAGUCAGGCCAGCCCGAGUGUUCCACCAUCUCAACCCGCCCAGUCCCAGCAGCAGCAGCAAAUGCCACAGAAGCCACCAACCCCGACCCCUACCCCGCCAAAAGGUCAAACCCCUCCACAGCCUUCACCACAGUCUGGGCCUACUUCCCAACCAUCAGGACCUCCAGCUCCAGGUCAGCAGCAGUCACAGUCUGGUGGUGUGCCUCCAUCAAGUCAGCCUCCUCCACAGUCUUUUGGCAAUGAUCCAAUGAGAAUGAAUUUUCCCCAGAAAAGACCAAGUGAUGUCUUUCCACCACCCCCCAAGCGGCCAGACUUCAUGGGGCCAGGCCAGCACACCGGGGAUGGGAGCCACGGCAGUGGACCAGGCUUCCAUGGUAUGCCUCCUUACAGCUCGCAGCAGGGAAACUUCUCCCAGGGUGGGUACGGCAGCAGCGACAGGCCCAUGGGCCCAAGCUCGUUCCCGCCCGUGUACAACGACAGACAACAAUCACCACACCCCCCUCAUGGCCCUGCCCUAGGUAAUCCUGUAAACUCCUACCACCCGCCGUUUUUCAAUGAACCCGGACCCUGGCCAGCAUCUAGUUCAGGUAUGGAUGGUCCACCCAUGGACAUGUACAACCAGAGACACGCCCCUACCCCUUCACCUCGCAAUAUCCCUGGUCCAGGCCCUCCUAUGAGGGAACCAGGCUGGCUCAAUUCUAACUAUCCCUUUCCCUCUGAUCAAGGUGCUAAGCGAGACGGGAUUCCACCGGAAGGAUACGGCAAAGGCAUGCCUCCACCACCAGCCUCCAGCCACUCUGGUCUUGGUCCAUCUCCAUCCUGGGGCAGCGUACAACAGCGUCCACCAGCUAGCAUGAUGAAUCAGAGUCCAUUCACUGGGGCCCGGACGCUCCACUCUGUCCUCACUCAGGGAAUGCCACCUCGUGGUAGCAGUCAUCACCCGCAUCCCAUCUCCAGCAUGCAGGGAAUGAAGCCUCCUCAUAAACCACAGCAACCUGUGUAUGCAUCAUCACAGCAGAAGAAAGAGAUGACUUUUCCCCCAGAUUCAGUGGAGGCCACUCAACCCAUAAUUGUCAAGACCAAACGCAAGACAAGUAAAGAUAUUGGUGCUGUGGAGGCUUGGAAACUGAUGAUGUCCCUAAAGUCAGGCCUGUUGGCAGAGACCACCUGGGCUCUAGAAGUUCUGAGUGUCCUACUCUUUGAUCACCACACCGUGAUGUACUUUGAUCUCAAGCAAAUGAAAGGACUCUUGGAGAUUGUCUGUGAACAUUACAGAGCCCUCCUUAUUGAGAUGUUUGGUUGCUUUGAAGAUCUUGAAAUAAGGACUAAAAGCCAAUUGGAACGUCGCAUCCAAUCUUCAAAGACAGAGGUCAAGGAAGAGAUCAAAGAAGAGGUUCAGGAUGAGGAGAGUGAUGAGGAGAAGCUUGAAGACAAUGUGGUAGAGAAUGAUGUUGAUAUUAAUGGAGAGUGCACAAAUGAUAAGACUGAAGCAGAGCUUCUUGCGGAAGCAGCCGACUGUGCUGAUGUGGAGAGAUUGCGUGGUGUUGACAAAACAAAACCCAUCAAGUUUGAUGGGGUACAAAGCGGAUACUUCUGCAACCAGCAAGAAUGGGACGUGCACGAAGGGUUCGAUGCUGGUUCGUUACAUUGGCAGGAAGGCGGAGGAGAAAUGACCAAACAUAUUUUGCGUGUUUUUGAGAGGAUUGAAUCGGACGAGGACAAAGAGAAUAGUGAUGCAAGACGGACCACAAUAGAGUGGUUAAGACAUUGUAGUGAAGAAUUGAAGGCAAUCAGAGACUUCGAUGUUGUAGAGGAAGAAAAGCAUGUAAUAUAUGUUUCUGAAUCUCAGAAAAAGAAAGGGGAGGUCGUACUGGAAGAUGAAGAGCAGUUUGUCAAUGAUACCCCUUCACUGGUGACAACAUCUGAUAUGCAAAAUGCAUUUGGACAACGCUGUGUCUGUGUUUCCAAUAUAAUCAGGAGCUUGUCAUUCAUACCUGGUAAUGAUCUUGAGAUGGCUAAACACCCAGGUCUCAUCACAGUGCUUAGUCGCAUCCUUCUUCUACAUCAUAGUCAUCCACGCAGGAAAGAGCUGCCCCAAACCUAUGACCGUGAUGACCAGGAAGACUUGGAUCUAGAGUGCCCUAUUACCAACUCUCACAGAUGGUGGUGUGAACACCUAGAGUGCAUGCGGGAAAAUGCACUUGUUACCAUCACCAACUUGGGUGGUGUCCUGGACAUGUCAAAAUAUGUUGAAAGUGUGACUCUACCUAUGCUAGAUGGACUUCUGCAUUGGGCAGUGUGUGUGUCGGCCUGUGCUCUUGAUCCGUUCCCAACCAUGUCUAGUGACUCUCCCCUAACCCCUCAGAGAUUAGCUAUUGAAGCUCUUGCAAAGCUCAGCAUCCAAGAGAAUAAUGUGGACAUGAUCCUUGCCACUCCGCCGUUCCACAGACUCGAGCGCCUCUAUGCCACCUUGACCCAGUACCUCGGUGAACGUUCAGAUCCUGUCAUGCGGGAGCUCUCGUUAGUCCUUCUCAGCAACAUUGCUAGGUCAGACAUGACGGCUAGCCGUGCCAUCGCCACCAAGAACUCUGUUGUCUCAUUCCUCUUGCGCUACAUUGAGGACAGCGAGUACACCAUGUCCUGUGAGAAGAAUUCGCCUCACAUGAUAAACCCUGAUCUAGCGAAGCCCAGUCAUGACAUGAUGCGUAGGGCUGCUGAUGCUCUUGCAAGCUUGGCUCGAGUCCCAACCAACAAGGCGCUCUUCCUUCAGCAUCAGAACAGACUGCUUAAUCUCUCCAUGUCACCUCUUUUAGACUCUGAAGUUAAGGAGAGAGUAGCAAGUGCAUUAUUUGAAUUGGCACUUUGACCAAAAUACCUUAUAAAGAUGAACUCUGUGGAUUAAUUUCUCAUAUUAUAAAUUUCUUUGGAUUGUAUUUGUGAAGAUGCUGUGAACACAACAGACUUCUCACUCUCUUAAAUUAUGGUGAACAGCAUCUUUUAAUUCUGAUAUUUUACUCUGGCUUCAUUAUUGUUCUUUGGUGAUGAUUUUUUUGUAGGAAUAUUAGUUGCAAUCUUUUGGUAGAACACUGGGUUGGAUGUGGUACUGAUGUAAUUACAACAUUCCUAUUGACAUUCUUUGAUUGUAAUUGUCAGUUAUUGAAGGUUACUGCAACUUUCCUUCUUUGCUUUUUUUUUUUUUUUAGAUGCUACUGUGUAGCCUCAACAUAAAUUGGUAAAUUUGUUUAAAUAUCCUGCUCCAUGUUAAAUGCUAAUGUUUAUAAAGGACCUUGGUAGAUAUGAAUUGAUACCUUGUAAGAUUUUCAUAUUUUAGUAAAAACGAUCCUUGCCUGUCCAGAUUGUGAUAUUAAUAUUUAUUUCAAGUGAAGGAAUGGGAUUGCAUUUGAAAUCACUUGUCAUUCUGAAUUGCUUUUGGGGUUAUGUAGACUGUAAAAAUGUAAGCAAGCAAGCUAUCUAAAGCUUUCUGAGACAUCUGUGUGAUGGGGAAGCAUUUAUUCCUAGGGUCUGAUGAACUCUAGAUGUUGUUUACAUCUUGCAUAUGUUAUGUCAAUUGAUAAUGCUGUUUGUUCACCCAAUGGAAUGUAGUGAAGGUUGUUUAUUAAUUUGUGCAUGUCUUUACAAAUGAUAGGAAUAUGGCAGGCUUUUUUUUCCAAUCUCUUUAAUUCUCAUUCAUUUAUAGGAAAAGAUGGUAACGUCAAAAGUGUUGGUCAUUAUUCCAGUUUUAUUACAUAUGUCCAUAAGGCUCUUCGGAUAUGGUUUAUAUGAAAUAAAAGUAUGUUUAGUUUGUUUCAUUUUAUUUGGGGUCCUGACUGAAAUGAAAAUAACUUCAGAUUUUUUUCCCCCCAUUUUGGUAUGAAAUAAUCUCUAAAGCAUGGAAUGGACUGAAAAUAUCAGGAUAUAAUCUUUUGUUUGUAAUGAUUUGCAAUCACGAAAUUUACAAGAUACUUGGAAGAGGUCUAAGAAUGUAAUGGAAUGUCACAAAUGACAAUCUCAUACGAUUCCUUUUAUUUAACCUGUACCAAAGUUUUAGACAGGUUCUAAAAUAGAUCAGUUAACAUUUUCUUUCUUUUAUAAAAGCAAACUCUUUGAGAACAAGGUAUUUUUACCACGAUAGACUAUUUGAGAAACAGUCACAAUUUGAAAUAUAAUUUUUUUUUAAUUUUGGCUCAAAUUUCAGCACUUCAUAUUCUGAUCAUUUGUUAAGUCAUGCACCUGAACUCAACUUGAUAUUGACCUUAAUAUAAUAUAAUUUGUUGAUUAUCCCUUUGUGUUGGUAAUGGGUAGGAAUCAAAAUGACUAUUUGUCAAAUACUGUGGAAGAAGAUAUUUGGCCAUGUCAAUGUGUAAUCUAUAAACGGUGCUUAAAGUGUAUGUCAAGUCAAAUUUAUUCAUGUUGUGCAAUCCUCAAAUAUCUAUUUGAUUUUCCCUGAAGAGUUCUAUUUUCAUUUUCUUCUGAAUUUUUUUCUAGUGAUUCUAUUCUUCAAGUAUAGGUUGCAUCUUAAUAUUUUCUCAUUCCAUUUUAUAUACCGUAGUACAAUUCAUUUUGUAUGAAUUUCCAUUUUCCAGGUCUUUAGAAUAACAGAUAAAGUAAAACACUGUAAACAUUAAUCAAAUCAGCUGUUGCUAUGCUAAGACAUACAUUUUAUGAAGAAAUACAUUGCUACUUGAAUGCACAGAUCUUGGUUAGUUCAGGCAGUGUUUGUAGGCUUUUAUGAGAUGUAUACAAAUCAUAUUCUACGGGGCCCGUCGGAGCAUUGCAAUAACACAAGUGCCUGAAAAAGAAAGACUACCGAUUCAUACCAGUGCAUAUCACUGUAUAGUGGGGGAAGACUUACAAAAAGAAAGAAAAUAUUGAAGCACAAGCAUGGUUUGUAGAUGCUGGAUUUUUUAAAAUUCUUUUAUUGAUAUGUGUGAUAAUGAUUGUAUUUACCAUGUAAGAAAACCAUUAUCAAUAAGAAACAAAGGUUCAAGCAUUCUCUUUUUGCAUAGACGCAAUAUGAAAGCUGAAUGAACCUUUUAAAUUCAGAGCCAAAGUUGAAGUCAUGGAAUUUCAAAGGGAAACCAAUUGAUUUUUAUCAGUGAUUUUCCUAAAGCCUCAGUUUGCUUAAUCUUGAAAAUUUAGCUCAGUCAUCCCACUGCGUCAUUAUUUGCAAGAUUUGAAAACCCCCAUCUCCAUCGGUACAAUUGUGGGAAUUCUCAUGUGAGCGCGGAAUGAGACUUUGGGCUGCGAAACAGGCCUAUAUUGGGUUACAUGUUUGAUAAGCAUGCAAUCGUAUACCAAGUGCAUAAUACCCAACUAUUACUAACCGGAAAAACUAGUGAAAUAACUUAUUUGAAAACGGUUCUAAGUUAACUUGGGAUUGUGAUCCCAAGAUCAAGUCAACAAAACAUCCUGCUAGUUUUGUCUUUAUUUUACACAAAUCUCAAGAUUGUUUUGGUAGGGAAAUUUUGCUGUACCAGAAAUUGCUGGAUGAUCUGAAAACUAAGGCUUACGGAGAUGCACCUACUUUUUACGUUUUAAAAACCUCCGAGUUAAGAGAACUUUUAGAAAUCUAUUCUUGCAUAUAGCCAUAAGCCAAUUAAGAUUGACUUGUUAACAAAGCAAUGUUGCUGCAAGUUUUGAGUUGAAUUAAAUUUGUCAAGCCAAAGUUUAUUUUGAAAGAUUUCUUAUUCUAAUGAAGUCUGUCAGAAAACUUUAUAACUAAAUCUAUUUUCGUCACUCGAAGUUAUCUAAUGAAUAAGAUAUAAGCAGAGACUAUUUCGUAGUUUGCACAGAUAUUAAAAUAAACAAUAUAUGGAUCUAAUUUUGUACUUAAUUUAAUAUAAUUGUAUUGUGCUGCUACUUGCUGCAUGGUUAAUUUAAUAUUCACAGAAUCAUGGAAUUUGACCAAGAUAUGCUGAUGGUAACGACCCAGAAGAAUUUAUUUAUAUUAGCUGCACCAUUUACACAUUUGAGCGAGCAGAGACAACUUUAUUGCUUUACUGACUAGUUGCACCGCCUAGACAAGAUGAAUAUGAUGUAUAAUGACUGCCUGAAUACUGGAAGUAUAUGAUUAGCAUUGGAUGGGAGAGGGCAUAAAAGGGGUAGUGGGUAAUCGGGAUUGGAGACUAGUGUGGAAGAUUGUUUUUAGAUGAAUUGUGUAUAGGACUAUUUUUGUAAAACUUGAAUUUUUUGUCAAUGUUCUCAAUUUCUCACAAGCAUUUGUUCCAAGAUAGAUUUGUAAAGAGGAAAAUGUCAUGGUGCUUUCAUUACAUACAAAACGAGUUAUCCUUCUCUUAUCUUUCUCUCUCGCUCCGAUUUCUAUCUCUGUAACUUCAUUCUUUUCGAGACCUCUGCAGUUGUCUUCUAGUUUUUGAGAUGUCUUCUAGAAUUCAAAUGCAGUUUGAUAUGUAUAAACUUUAUUCUUUCGUUGUAAAGAUUUUUUUAAAUGAUACUUCAAAAUGGCAUAUGUCUGCGAAGAAUUCAUCGCAGGGUGUGUUUGUACAUGUAGGUAGGCGACAACAUUGAGUCGCAAAGAGCUGCAGGAAGUUCCAGAGGAAAAAGACCAGCCAGAGAUAUCUCGCUGACCAGAUUUUAAUUUUUGUCUUCAUUUAUUUAAGGAAAUGAUCAAAAUAAAAGAGAAAAGAAAACAUUUGCCUUUUCAUGAUACAAGUGUAAUUCUUUGUAAAGAUGGGAUAACUGUACUAAGAAAAGGUGUUUUGAUUUAUACUUGAGGCAGAUAUGUAAUAUAUGUUUUAUCUAGUGAAAAGUGAUUACAUUGAACUGAACUUGUUGAUUUGUGCGUACUUUGAUAUGUUCUUUUAUGUUUUGUGUAUAUGUUUCAUCUGGAAGUUAGUUUAGUUCAGUGUACAUCUUACGUUGGUCCCAUGUGCAAACUUGUCUUUGAAGGAAAACAGAACACUCUACAGAGGAAUUUUCAUAUUGUUUUUGUGUAGUAUCUAAUGUAGCUUUAGAGACAAUUUUUUUUCAUUGUGUAUGUUUCUAGACAUGGAAUCUCUUGAUGUUUGAUGAUGAAGAAAAGAGAAAUUUAAAUUUAAGUUGUGUAAUUCCUUAACCAAGUGUGUUGGGGAAUAUUGUAUAGGCUGAUGAAUUAUACAGUACAUUUUUUGUUUCUGUACAUUGCCUGUAACAAGAUAACACAAGUUUAUACGUCAACAUGAAAUAAAAUUGUAAA